GACGAACGUUUGUACGGUGGUGAAGGAGGAGGAGGUCCCGAGCAGAAGACAGCCGUCGCCAUUUUUCUUCUGACGUUCCCGAACGACCCGAACAUUGUCGUAACUCCGUAACUGCUGCGGCUCGUGCUGUACUUAUCCACCACGGUGAUCAGCAGUGAUCAGUGUGUGCCUCUCUUCCUCCUCUCUCUUUCUCGGUCGAUGGUGAAGUCCGCCAGUGACUGUAACGAGGAGAAGGAGAAUUAGAGGAAGAGGAAGAAGGAGAAGGUAGUGAAGAGAGCGACGACGACGACGGAGCGGCGACGACGGUGACGACGACGACGGCGGCGGCAACGGCACCCGGACGAUCUCCGUGUGUAGUGCUGCGCAUUAAGAUAAGCGUGCAGAGAUAACGAUAAGAGGUGGACGAUCAAACGUCAGUGAUAGAUCGUGACGGCAACGGCAGCGGCGGCAGCGGAAGAGGAGGAGGAGGAGGAGGAGGACGAAGAAGAAGAAGAGGAAGAAGAGGAGGUGGAGCAACAGCAGCAUCAGCUACAGCAGCAGUAGUAGCAGCAGCAGCAGCAGCGGUGUGACGGGUGUUCUCGCGUGAACUGUCCGAUCGUCAAUCGGAGCGAAAAGAGGAUUCGCGGUUGACCAACCGGGAUCCGCAAGAUAUCGACGAGGUGACGGCCACGGGAAGUCACGGUGAGGACGACAAGGACGACGAGGACGACGGAACACUGUACCCGUGUACGACGGCCCAUCGACGCGACGGGCAUCGGCGAUCUCGUUGCGUACCGCCCGUCACCAGGCAUCAUACGACGUCCAGGUGCCGCGUAGGUCCCUCUCUCGCCUCGCGACGACGACGACGACGACGACGAGGUGGGGCAUCGUGCUCGUCGUUGGUAAUCGUAUUGCCGUGCACGGUGCACACGGUCACGCGCCACCGCGUACGUCGGCAGCAGCGCCACCGGGAUGGAGAGGCGAGCCGCUUUUGUGCUGCUGGGGACGCUAUAUUUAGCGGUGGGAACCCUCGUCACGGUCCAGGCAGAGAAGUACUCGGGGUCGACGGCCGUGCACGAGGGACAAGCAUGGAGCAUCGAGUGCAACGAUUUGAAGGAUGAUGAUACCAUUAGAUGGACCAGGAACGGCCAGACGUUGGAACUUGAGUUGUCCAGCGGUCAGCUGGUUGUCAACACAGAGAAAGACCGCAAAAGCAGCAAGCUCUCGGCGAGCCAGGCGCUCGAGAGCCACGAGGGAGAUUACAGAUGCAUAUCCGACAGUCCGACACCUCACCACCUCUCGAUACAAUUCGAUAUUAAGAUUAGAGUACUUACCAAAGAUCUACCUUUGGUGCUCGAAUGCGCAAACAGAAGUACCAGCGAUAAAGUGAAAUGGAAUAAGGAGAAGAAAGAAUUAUCGGCAUUCGCUGGCAACGAAGAUAUCAUCAAGAUUGACAACGAGACUGGCAGCCUGCAGAUUUUAAAGGAUAAGGAGGAAGCUCAUGGAAACUACUCUUGUACAGUUAUUACCAAACAGGCUAACUACACGAUCGACUACAGAGUCUUACCGAGGCCAACGGCAUAUCUGGCUGAAUCUACCAGUGUAGUGGAGGGCGAGAAGCUACACUUGGUGUGCAACACUAAGCAGAACCACAACGUGAAGAUAAGCUGGACCUUCGGGGAUAAGAAUUAUACGCGCAGCAAUGGUCGCGUGAAGAUUUCCAAGGACAAGGAGAAGGGUAUUUACGGCGCCGUCCUGACUGUCGAAGAUAUCGAGAUGGAGGAUCGCGGUAACGUUAUCUGCAGAAUGUCAUACAACUGGUCUGAUACCGUACUGGAACAUUCAUCGGAGGCCAAGACACUUCUCAGGGUGAAGGACAAGCUUGCCGCACUCUGGCCCUUCUUAGGCAUUUGUGCGGAGGUUGUUAUUCUAUGCGCCAUCAUUCUAGUUUAUGAGAAGAAGCGGAACAAAGCCGAACUCGAGGAAUCCGAUACCGAUCAAAGCCCUGAUACUAAACCGACACCCAAUAAGGAAUCCGACGUCAGACAGAGGAAGUGAAACAGCAAGUAAAUGAAUUAGAACGAUACGAUAGAAGUGGGAGAACGGGUCGUCGUAUAUAGAGUGCUGCAAUGGAAACCUGUAAAGACAACGGAACACGGCUUUUGAAUGUGUGUGAGAGAGAGAGAGAGAGAGAGAGAGAGAAAGAAAGAAAGAAAGAAAGAGAGAUGUUACAAUCGUGGGAUAAACACUGCAAAAUGGACAGCAGCGGGCUUGAGUGGGCCAUUCAUAGUGCGCACCUGUGUGAAAACAGGCUUGUGCAGCAGACGCGUACAGAGCAGGAUCACACAAGUUACUAACAAAUUAAAUUAAGCCUUAUUACGGUGUUCACUCCGUUUAUCAGAUGUUCGCCUGUUCGUAUUCUUUAACUACACCGCUUCGACCGAUGGGGAGAGAAAUGUGUUGAGUUAUGUACAAGUGCCGAUGAUGACACGAGUGCGUGCCAGGGAAUGGAAGGUAUGUGUGUGUGUGUUUGCGUGUGUUUGUGUAUGCGAGAAAGAGAAAGGAGCAAGAAAGAGAGAAAGAAAAAUAAUGCAUGUAUGAGUGACAAGCUAACAGAUAAACAGACCGAUAGAUCGAAAAAAAAGCAGAGAUAUAAAAAUGGCGUGCCCGCCGAGCGCGAAUACGUAUAAAUUUCUUACGAAAUCGCUUCGAGGUGCAACUCACGACGAGCACACCACAGUUCGAUCGCGCGUUUACUCGUCAUACACACACACAUCGCUCUAUUAUCCCGCGCGCCGCGUUUUUGCAUAUUCGCGUUCGUUGACACGCCACAUAUUAGAUUCGCGUAGAAACUUGUUUCUCAAACUUCGCACGUGUGACCGAAGAAAGGAAAAAAAAAACUUUAAGGUAGAGCCGAACAUAUGCGCUCGAUGCUAGUUAUGUAAUAAUAGGAACGCGGGCAGUGCGUGCCACAAUUGACUUCCGGAUAUAUGCUCGCGUACUUUUAGAGAUCGCAAGAGAGAGAAAGAGAGAUUGAAAGAGAGAGAGAGACAGAACGAAAGAAAGCGAGAGAGGAAGAAAGAGAGAGCGCUUGUUUUUGGCGUCGCCUUAUAUUCCAUCGCUCGUGAAGAUAUCCCGGAAGUCUGGCUGCACGCGACGCCGUUGUUAAUGACAUUAAUGUAAUUGAUACUGUAAUAUUAUUGCCAUCGUUACUACUGCUGCUACAUCUAUCGUUAUUAUGAUUAUUACAAGUAUUAUAUCGUUAAUUUUAUCACUCUAUUGUAAUAAUUUAUAAUCCGUACCAACAACGAUUCUCUAUAUCGACAGUGUCGUCAUUGUCAA